AUGCGAAGAACGCAAACGUCUGUUGCCCAAUAUUCUUCGGGCGAGCCCUCACCACUGUUCACGCCAGCGUACCCUGCAUUCGACCCAGACACGGAAGUCUUUCAAGACCCGUACGACUAUACCACUCACGAAUAUACCACUCACGGUUAUACCACCCACGACGAAGAACACUUUGCCGACGACGACGAGGAAGUCAGCGAGUCCGAAGCAUCAGUCUCCUACGGCGGUGUCCCUCCCGCGCCACGCGCACACCCCACCCGCCUCCCGCUGAGGCCCUCUCAGCCCCUACCACAUCAACAAGACUACCGCCCGGCACGCCGAGUGCCGAACCCAGCGCCCAGCGUGGAGUACCAAGACGAGUAUGGGGCAUACAGCCCAAGCCAGUUCGGCCGUGGUGGCUACAACAGGCACAGCGCCCAGCACCAAUAUGGUUACGGGGUGCAUCCCGGCCAGGUGAUGCCAUAUGGCGGAAACCCGUUCAGUCCUGCAAGCAGUCCCUACAGCAACCCUGCACACUACGCCCAGGACCCAAGGGCAUUUGGCAACGAGAUGGCAGCAUGGCAGCAUCCCCAGUACUAUGGGCAUUAUCCUGGCCAAUUCCACCAAAUGGCACAUCCCGGCAUGCCUCUGGACGUUGCCGCCGCGCCUCCACCUCCCGCACCUCCAGCUGUGCCCGGAAAGUCUGAGAAUGAGGAGAAACUUCAGAACGAGCUCCAGGCAUACAGGGACAGAGAGCAGAAACAGCUGCAAGCUGAGCGGGAAAAGGAGAUAAAAGAGGAAGCUCGCCGAUCAGCUGCGGAAGAAAACAAAAAGGCCGUUCAAGAGCUAGCACGCGUUAGGGAGCAACAGGAUGUCGAAAUUCAAAGAGCCAGAGAGGAAGCCGCACAAGCGGCCAGGGACGGUAUCGCCGCUGAGGCUGCCGCUGCCGCAGAGCGUGAAAAGCAAAAGGCUGAGGCCAUCAAGCAGGCCGAGGAGCGGAUCAAGAUCAUGUUCGAGCAAGCAAGACGAGCCGAGGAAGAGAAAAAGAAGAAGGAGGCAGAGGAGGCGGCUAAGAUGGAGGCCGACUAUAAGCUUCGUGUCGCUGCUGCACUUCGGGCCGACGCCGAGGCCAAGGAGGCGGCCGCAAAAGCGGCCGCUGAUGAAGCCGAAAGGAUCAAGGGGAUUCAAGAAGAGGCCAAGCGCAAAGCCGAUGCUGAAUUCGCCGCCAAGAUUCAAGCCGAAAAGGAUGCUGCUGCCAAAGCGGCUGAAGCAGCGGCUUUGGCAAAAGCUGAGAGGGAUGCUUACACCAUGAAGGUCCAAGAAGAAACAAAGGCCAAACUUGAAGCACAGGCGAAGACGGACCGCGGUCCUUCUCUUCAAUUCAAAGAUGCCUUGGGCCGCAAGUACAGCUUCCCAUUUCGCCUUUGUACCACAUGGCCGGACAUGGAGGAGUUAAUCAAACAGGCCUUUGACAACGUCGACGACUUGGCUUUUCAAGUACACGAAGGAUGGUACGACUUGGUUGGCCCUAACAACCAAAUCAUCCUACCAUCGGUAUGGGAAAGGGUCAUCCAGCCAGAGUGGGCAAUCACCAUGUCGAUGUGGCCUACGGAUCGCAUGCAACGACAUUCCCGUGUUCCCCCGCACGUGGCGGCAAACAUGGCUAGAGGCCGUGGUAUGGGUGGCGGCAUGCCCCCAGCGCCCCCUGCAAUGGGACGAGGGGGCAUAGUCCCCCCCGAUGGAUGGGCAAAUGCGCCGCCGAAUAUGCCCGCUGGCAUUCACAUUGUUCGCGAGUCCAAGGGAGGGAAGAAGGAGAAGGAGAAGGAGAAAAAGAAGAAGAAGGCUCCUCCUGCAUUCGUUGGAUUUUUUGGUGGAAAGCCAGUGAAGAAGGCGUAA